AUGGGUUCUGCUGCCUCUGUCCCUGGAGGCGAGAAAUUAAGUCGAAAGGACAAAAUCCGCAUCUUCAAUGCCGCUGCAAGCGCAGUGCGAGAGACAAUUGGUGACAUCAAGGAGGAGAGGAGCUGGGAUGCGGCGGCUGAGGAACUCUUGCCGAAGCUUGCCGAAAAAAAGUAUGUUGAUGAGAAGGUUCUUCUCUGGAUCAGUGAUGGCAUUAUGUCGUGGCCCAUGGCUGUCAAAGCAGUGAAGGAUGGCGUGUUGCCCUUGGUCUAUGGUGCGAAGGAGCAGAACACGCUUGAAGACGACAUUGUUGCAGCGCUGAAGGCGGCCGAGGUCCCGGAAGGAUCGUUGACCAACGUGGGGUGGAUGUUCCAUGGGUCCGAGAUGACCGGCAAGUAUAAGGAGGCCAAUCUGAAGUUUCUCGCUGCUCUCAAGCCGUAUUUGGCAGAGGCCGCUCGUGUCGACAUUCUCGGAUGUGAUAUGGUUUCCACGAAGAAGAGCAUGGAGGUUUUCACGGAGCUGGAGGCGGAAUGCGGCAUCAAUCUGGCUGCAUCGACGGAUCUGACCGGGAACGCUGCCGAUGGUGGCAACUGGAUCCUUGAGACGGACGGCGUGAAUGUCAAAGACCUCUACUUCACAGACAGUAUACGUGAGUUCAACGAGACACUUGGCAAACGCAAGAGCAAGUCUCAUCGUGGUCGCCGUCGCAGAGGCG